UAAUGCUUAGCCAAUGCCGAACAUAAUCAGCGUUUCACCAUCAACCUGACGUCGGAGACGCUGUUAGCACCCAGACACGAAAGGAGUUUGUUUAAACGGUGGAAAGUCUUGAUGGAAGGAUAACCGCGAAAAGGCCAUGGCUACCCGGAAGGAAACGAGGUCAAUUUAAUUUAUGUACAAAAAAUAUAUCUCUGUCACUCCGGACUCAAGAGUCAGAGUUUGAAUUAUUUCGCCGUAGCGGGAGACUGUUCGUCGGCUGAAGGUCUGAUCACUCCACUUCCCCAGAUGCUGUAAUCUGACCUGUGGGCUGGAUUCAGCCGCAGACGGCCCAUUUCCACCAGGAACCUCCACAAAGCACUGACUGUUCAUACUGAGGAGAAAAAUGGGUGAAGGGUGUUAAACACGAGGGGCUCUCCUGUGUUUUAAUCCUCCGUGAUUGAGAACAACAUCACAUGGAACCAUCAUAACCAGACGUCCAGUCUGAGGUGGCAGCGGAGGAGCCUUAUCUGUCAGAUCGUCCCGUUUCAUUGAUCACUCAGUCAAUCAGAGGCUGCCCCUCUGGACUGAUAUAAAAGAUGGGCUCCAUGUGUCAACAGCAGACGAGGCUGCUGUCAAAGCCCUGCUCCUCAGGUUAAUCAUUGGCUGCUUAUCUGGUACUUAGUACCGGAGCGUGGAGUUUGGAGUCUGCCCUGCUCUCAGAUAAAACCUCCUAGGGGAGGCUGGGACUGGCUUUGCCUUUUCUUUUUGGCCCUGCGGAGCUUCCUCAGCCACUCGCUCUUUGCUUGUGCCGGUUUUCAUCCAUCUGGCUGCAGAGAGAGGAGUCAUCAUGUUCACUCUGCUGGUUUUGCUCUUCCUCUGUGCAGCCUCUUCUGCUGAAGGUGGCAGCGGUGCUGCUGGAGCUUGGCUCAACAACAACCAGCUGUACAAAUUCAGCUACACCACUGAAGUGCUGGUGGGCAAGGCCAAAGGGUCAAAACAGAGCAACUCAGGCUACAGGAUCUCCAGUGAUGUUGGCGUGAACCUGGCGUGGAGAGACCCCGGCAGCAAAGACGAUCAGCUGAUACAAAUAGCUUUGUCGAACGUGAGGAUCGAACCCUUGUCCCAACGACCGAAGGAAAAGAACGUUCUGUACGGAUCAACUGCUGAAAGUGUCUUUGGAAAGAAAAAACUGGCAGCUCUCACCAAACCUUUCUUUGUGCAUCUUAAAAAUGGAAAGACAAAAGCAUUUUAUUCCUACUGGACUGAACCUGGCAGCGUCAAAAACCUGAAGAGGGGACUGGCCAGUUUACUGCAGCUGCAGCUCAAAACUGGGAAAGUUAUAGAGAAUGACGUGUCUGGAAGGUGCAUGGUUGACUACAGAGCAGAAAAAGGUCAGGUGACCAGGACCAAGAACCUGGAGACGUGUAAAACUGCAGAUCGUGGAUUCACCACACACAGUCAGGUCCUGGGUGUGAACAGGAAGUCCAGGUCUGUUACAGUGUUCACACUGGAGGAUGGUUUCAUCCGCUCGGCCGUGGCUGAAGAAAGUCACGGACUUGCUGUCAAUGUUCGCAGAUCAGUUUCAGCCAAAGUCCUGUCCAGGCAAACCCUCACACGGACAGGCACUGAGGCCGGACCACCGGAGGCUGCUGGGAAAGAUGUGAGCAGCGUCGUCAAGUCCAUUGACGACAAACUGGCUGCUGUCGGAGUCGUGGCUGAGAAAGUCAAAACCUACUGCAACGGUUGUCCAUCACUUUUCGAACAUUGGCAGACUCAACAGAAGCAGCUGGAGCCAGCGGGCUUGUCCAAAGCUACGGCUCCUCGCAGCUUCCUGGCCCUCAUCCAGAGCAUUAGGAAGGCGUCCAAGGUUGAGAUUCUCAAAGUGCUCAAGAGCGCCAGCAAGACUUCUCUACCUCAGGUGGUGGAUGCUGUGACAUCCGCUCAGACUGAGGCAUCUCUGGAUGCCAUGCUGGAGUUCCUGAACUUCAAAGAUUCCAAAAGUUUUGUCCUACAAGAGAGGUUUCUGUACGCCUGUGGCUUUUCCUCACAUCCCAAUGAGAAAAUGUUGAAAGCUCUGCUGGAUAUUUCUAAAGGAAAGAUUGGCAGCACUGACAUAGAGGAGACGGUGGUGAUCAUAAUGGGAGCCCUGGUCAACAAGCUGUGUCAGAAAGGAGGAUGUAAUCUCCCGGUAAAACUUCUAAAAAUGAUUUUGGAAGGACCUGAGAGCACACAAGUUGACUCCAAGGUCCAGAUGUACCUUCUGGCUCUGAAAAAUUCACUGCUCCCCGAGGCCAUUCCUAUAUUCACCAAAUACGCCGAGUCAGAAGUGGGGGCCUACAGCACCAUCGCUCUCAGCUCCCUGCAGAGAUAUGAUGUCAAGUUCAUGACUAAAGCAGUGAAACAGACAGUGAACAGAGUUUACCACCAGAGCCGUAGAAUCUACGAGAAAAACGUACGAGCUGCUGCGGCCGACGUCAUCCUCAGCAGCAACCCGUCGUACAUGGAGGUCAAGAAUCUGCUUCUGUCCAUCGGAAACCUUCCCCAUGAGCUGAACAAGUACAUGGUUUCUAAAAUUCAGGACAUCCUGCGCUUCCACAUGUCUGCCAGCAAAGUUAUACGCCACGUCAUGGAGGACAUGAAUUCUCAUAACUACAACCGUUUUGCUAAAGUCGGCUCAUCGUCUUCAUUCUCAGGCUUCAUGGCUCAAUCAGCAGACGUCACCUCCACGUACAGCCUGGACAUCCUGUAUUCAGGCUCUGGGAUUCUGAGGAGAAGCAACAUGAACAUUUAUGGUGCCAGUAAAGGAGCGACGCUACAUGGUCUACAAGUGGCCAUCGAGGCCCAGGGGAUGGAAUCCAUGAUAGCCGCCACACCUGAUGAAGGUGAGGAAGACCUGGAAUCUUUCGCGGGAAUGUCUGCCCUGCUGUUCGAUGUGCAGCUGAGGCCUGUCACCUUCUUCAAGGGUUACAGUGACCUCAUGUCCAAAAUGUUCUCCAUGAGUGGGGAGCCCAUGAAUGUGGUCAAAGGCCUCAUCCUGCUUACUGAUCAUUCUGAGGUGCUGCAGCUGCAGUCUGGUCUCAGGGUGGGAGCAGAGUUUCAAGGAGGGUUAGCCAUCGAUAUAUCUGGAGGCAUGGAAGUCAGCCUGUGGUACAGAGAGUCCAAGACCAGCGUCAACAACAGAGGAGCACUGGUGGUCAUGGGUAACGUUACUGUUGACACGGACUUCAUGAAGACAGGUGUUGAGGUCAGCUUUGAAACAGAGGCGUCGCUGGACUUCGUCACCACCGUUCAGUUCUCUGAAUAUCCCUUUUUGGUUUGCAUUCAGAUGGACAAAGCUACAUUCCCCUACAGUGAAUCAAUGACCAAGUAUGAAAGUCUGUCGUCCGGGAAGACGGUCAUGUUGAGUAAGAAGAAGAAGAGGCGUCUGCCUGGCUCGGAGUUCCCUCUUCAUCAGGAGAACUCCAACAUGUGCAACAGGGUCUUUGGCCCCAGCUGGUAGAGAUACCGUCAACUGUAUUCAAAGAGUGAAACCAGCAGUGAACGCCAGCUGAAUGUUUAGUUUCGAUGUUUGAACAGCACAUACAGUGUUUACAUUCCUGUGAAUAUAGUUUUAAAAAUUGAGAUUUUUUUUUUCAGAAACCAGGACUUGUUGCAUCAUCUUUUCGUGUUUUUUAUGUAUUUAUGACAGGCAAAAAAAAGGAUGUAGGUUUUACUUGACAGACAGUACAGAUGCCAUUUUUCCAGUGCAGGUAAAGUACAGUAGUAAAACUCAUGUAAAUACUGUGAGAGUGUGGACGAACCUCCUCAUGAACAGAAACACUGGAAUGUGUUAAAUGUGGAAGAAAAACUUCAAGGCUUCAUCUCACUGUCUUUCAUUCAUCCAUUUUUUUUUUGACAAUUUUAUAUUUUUUGUGUUUCCAUAAUUAGAUGAUCUGUAUAUUGGCUGAAAAUAAAUUUGCACUGGAAACACUC